AAUGUUGUAAGAUUAAAUAUCUUUGGCUGAAUUUGUGUUAUAAGAGGCAAGAGAGAAAUGCUUUGAAAUUGAAGUCAAGGCAUUUAAGCAAUUUGAGAAGGAGAAAAAGCAAAUAGUGGAAAAAGAGAAAUCCAACAUAUAGGAAGAAAUCAAUAACAAAUUUAAGAAGAAGGCUUAACAAGAGAGAAUCAAACAUAGUGCUCUUGUUAAUGGUGCUAGAAUGAAAUUGAUGAAUGCCAGAAAUCAAGCUUUGACAAAGAUAUUCUCUGAUGUAUGUUUGCUUAUUAAUAAAGUCAUAAUAUCAAAUUUAUAAAAUGAUCAGAUAAGAUGAAAGGUUUUACGAGGAAUUGUUAAAAAAUUUGAUGGUUCAAGGAUUAAUUAAAUUAUUUGAACAUGAAGUUGUUGUAAGGUAUAUAUAUUCUAUGAUUCUGAAGAUGUUUACAUAGAGAUAUUAGACAUGUAAGAAAUGUAAUAGAUGAUGCUAUCUCUGAAUUCUAAGAUAUUUUAAGAAAGGAAUUGAAUGGAUUAGAAUUUGAAGUCAAAAUAGAAGUUGAUGAAGAGAAAUGUUUAGAUGAAAGAACACUUAUUGACAAUUCAAUUAAAAGUGUUUAGGAUUACUCAUUACAAGAAUCAGCAUCAGAAGUAAUAAAUCUAAAUAAUUAUUAGGUCAUAUCGAAAACUGAAAAUGAUAAAAAAUGUUUUGGUGGAAUUUUGAUGACAAACAAAGAUGGUUUGAUUGUUUGUAAGAAUACCCUAGAUGUUAGAACUGAUUAGACAUUCUAAGACUCAUUACCUAUUAUUAGGAAUAUGUUGUUUGGAAAAUGAU